AAAAUCCAUACGAUUUGACAGAAUGCUGAUGUGUCCAAUCAUUUUCUUUUUGGAUUAAAAUAAUUCAAAUCUUUUGAAACUACAUCAAAUAAGCAAUUAUUGUAUCAUUCAUUACCAUGUCUGAUGACGAAACGGAACUUCUGGACGACUUUCUGAGCGGUGUUUCCCAGUUCGAAUCGAACGUGACCGCACUGACCCGUGUGCUGGAAGAGUACACAGGGGAAGCGAUCGAGUUUGAACACUUGGAUGACGACAUUCGUCGUUUGGAAGCAACCAGCAGAACCCUUUGCAACUCGGUGGAAAAAGCAGUUCAACAGAUGGUGCCAGGAUUGUUGGCGGAAGUUGAAGCGAAGAACCGACAGCUGGAUCAGCUUAGCGUGUCCAACAGAAAUUUCGAAACGGCAACGAAAGCUCACAAGGAGAAGAUCGCCCAGUUGGAGCAGGAACUGAGGGCCACCAGAGAAUAUAUUUCCAGCCAGGCGGUUGGCCAGUUCGAAUCCGUCUCGUGGAUCGGAUCGAUAAUGGGCGCAAUGCUGUGGAAAUCGUGCAAACAGCACGAAAGCGUCAAAUCGCUAAUUGGAACCGACAGCCUGCGGGACUUCCUCGGUAUGUCCAACUGCGUACUGAGCAGCUUCGUCGCUCGUCAAGGGGCAAGCGGAGCGGCCAAGUUGUCAUCGGACAGCGAGGAUUACAAGUUCAUGGCCACCAUAUGUGGAUGUCUGACCAAUCUGGCGGCGUUUCCCGAGGGCAGGACAUAUUUGGCGGUUGAAACGGAUGGGCUUUUGUUUGCCAAUAAUCUGCUGCUGGCCUUGGAGUUAUUUCGAAUGCCGGAGGGAAGAUUGCUGAAGAGAAUGUCACUGACUUUCGUGUUCAACAUCUGCCUGGAGAAUAAUGGGGCGAAAUUUGUACUCGGCGAUGAAGGUCGGUUCGGAAGCAUUGUGCGAUGUUUGGAUCAAGGAAACUCGGAGGAUGUGCUGACACUGGCCGCUAGCUUGCUGGUGCGGUUGAUCAAGGCGGUUCCAGAUUUCAGGGCAAAAGCAGUAAUUUCUUCGAAAAUUACCAAAGGCGUUGUUAAACAAAUCGUUAAUAAUAGCAGCUCGGAACUGAAGGAAACUGCAAGCCAUUUGUUGGAGUUGAUUGAGUACGAUUGGAUCAAAGCGGCAGUGAAUAAUGUGAAAUAA